AUGGUCAAAGCAACAAAUAGUGGUAAAAAUUGUGCCUCGGUUGAAUCAGUUGGCCAGGGUGAACAAUCCUUACCCAGCACUAAUACCAAUGUACCAAGCACUAAUACCAACAUACCAAGCACCCAGACCAACACUCGUAAGGUAAACCCAUUACCAACCCCAACCAGUCAAGUGAUUGUUACUCCUGUGCCAGUUCGCGACACCAUACCAGCGCCUCGAUCAACCAACCAUGCACCAUUAAAAAUGGUAUCUGUACCAGUGAACUCUGACGUGAUCACCCAAGGAAACAGCCAAGUGGUUUUAAUUCCCGUCGGUGGAAUGGACUCGUCGAAGCUCGAAGGCGCUCUCAAAGUUCCGCAGGGUCAGAAACUCGUGAUCAUAAAACCACAAGAAAUCCUGAAGACGAUUGAGGAAAAAAAGUUACAAAGUGCUUCGAAUUCAGGUGUUGUCCUCCCGAACGUGGCGAGGAAUUUAACCCAACAGGGAAUCAUUCUCCAAGGCAUCAGCCAGACUGGAUUUCAACAGAUACCCGUCUCCCAGAUGACAACAUUGGGCGUGGUGGGUACCGGUCCGGUUCAAGCCGCCAUGAAGGGUCUAGUCAAGUUGGCUCCGAAGAACGUCGCGCCGAGCACUCAGGUUGCUUCGAAAAUCGUUCAAAGUGCCAAUAAUGGUAGUUCCUUGAUACCUGGUGUCGUGAAACCAUUUCGUCCAAGGGCAGCGGUGCAGGGUGUGGUGUCCAGCGGAACAGGGGCCAUCAAACAAGCGCUCACGGGAAACCCUGGGUCGGUGGGUGUUGCGAACGUGCGACCCCAGACAGUCACCGUUAACAAGGCUCCAGUGUCUAAGCCUGUUAGUCAAGGCUCGGGAUCGAUUGCAAGUUCCACCGUCAGGCUGCAAACGAUAGCAAAUAAAGUCUCUAAACAAGCCGAAAACGAGAGCAUCGGUGAAAAAAUCGUGGCAGAAAAACGCCAGCUGAACACCACAACGCAAGUUGGAACGGUUGAUUGUAUAGCCUCAGUUCAACCAAACACCUCUGCGAUCUCGCAGUCAAGUUCGCCCUCCUCCCAAAGCGCUUUGUCAACUUCCCACGUCACUCAACCACCCUCUCAAACCAGCGCGACGACACCUCAAACCAGUUUGACCGCUUCCCAAACCGGUUCGCAACUGCCAUCUUCUAGCGCAUCGUCCACAAACGUUCAAAGCGAUGCAAAACCAAACUUGUAUCAAGCGUUGAAACAGAAGUUGACAGAGGAGAGUUCAUCGUCUGACCACGCCAGCGCAGAUCACCGGAAACCACCAGAAGUCCCACUACUAGGAUCGGAAAAUUCAACGGCUUCGCAUUCGUCUCAAAACGAGGCAGACCGAGGCAGUGACACUGUGUCGAAGAAUGCCACCCCCAAGAAACUGGUUGUAACCUAUGUUUCACCUGACACACGAAAGCUCGACCUUGGCGAUCGAGUUACACCGCUGAUUCAAGUUCCCGCCAAACGGGAUGAAGUCAAGCGAAGUUUUGUCGGGCAAAGUGGACCUGCGAACGGGUUGCAGCCCAAAAUCGUUCCACGAAUUUCAUCUCCGAUAAGGCAGAUAAAAACAGAAGAUGGUAAAAAGCAAGCGGAAACACCAUCGACGCAUGCGCCCGCAAAAAGGCCUACGUCCAGCGGCGUGCACUCUCCCUUAGAUGGUGGUGGCGAAAUAUCGGUGGAAAAAAUUGUUAAAAAACGAGGUCGUCCUCGGAAAGAUUUGUCAGCAAACACGAAUAAUGUGGUGAAAAAUAAACAAAGUAUUCGGAAACCCGAUAAAGACAGUAUUUUGAAGGGGUCAUGGGGGGAAAAGACAACCAUACAUGGCCCCACCCUGAAACAUGAGUUAAACAGACAGGGGUCAGCCCCUAAGAGGAGGGCGAACACCACUAAACCCAGUGAACAAAUAAAAACAGUAAAAAACAAACGUGUUUCGAGCACCAACCCUUGGACAUGUUCAUUGUGCGGGAAGGUGCCCUUUAUGUAUCCGUUAGGCUGUCUGUACGGCCCGUAUGACGAGGGGAGCGACCUCCUGGUGAAAGAGGAGGGUUGGGGCGAGGGUGAGAUUCCUGACAGGGACAAGGGGGAUGAGCCGCAACAGAAGAAAAGGCGUGGGUCGAGCAACAGCGACGAGGGAGGUGGUCUGCAGAAGGAUACGCGGGAACUGUGGUUCCACGGAGAGUGCAUGGUGUGGUCACCAGGGGUUUACGCUCUUGGAGAGUCCUUGGCUGGGUAUAAACAAGUCGUAUACGAUGCACAGUCCAGGAAAUGCGACUGUUGUGGAAAUAAUGGCGCCACCCUGGUUUGUCUGCAGAGAACUUGCAAGAAACAAUAUCACUUCUAUUGCGCAAAGAGAAGAGGUUGUGUAUUUGACGAAUCGAACUAUACGAUUCAGUGUGGAAAACAUGUAAAGGUGUGUGUAUUAUCGAUUGUCAUUUUAAUAGGCGUAAAGAUAUUAGUUUAG